AUGAGCCACCAAUUCAACUUCAACAAUAAUAAUAGUGGGACCACAGGCUCAAAGCCUAUGUUUGGCAAUGCUAAUAUUCCAAAUCAAAGUUCAGAAAAUGCCAAACCUCUUUUUGGAGGAUUUGGUCAAAAACCGGCCGAUCAAAAUAGUCAAAACUCUGGGCAGCUUUUCGGGAAACCUUCACAAGGAUCAACAGCGGGGUUCCAGGCAUUUGGAACGACCAACUCCUCUGCUUCAGGCAGCACUGGAUCGCAACCCUUUGGUGCUGCAAACCCAACAGCUUCAAUCGGUGCUACCAACCCCACUCUUUUUAAUGCGACGAAACCGGCUUCUGACUCCACGCCAAAACCUGCAUUCGCGUUUGGCGCCCAACCGGCAGCACAGAACAGUGCAUUUUCGUUUGGUGGCAGCAAUACUAAUAAAGAUGUAUCGCCUUUUGGUCAAAGAUCAACAACUCAAGACGCAACUGAGAAACCUGUGGGACUGAAUGCCGAACCCAAAAAAGAUGACAAACCCGCCUUCUCAUUUGGAUCUGGUAACCUGAAUCCAUCGCCUGCUCUGCCAAAUGCUGUCAAACCUUCUCCGUUCCAAAGUGCUGGCGGAGAGACCUCUUCAAAACCCUUUGCUUUCGGAGGAUCUUCUGCAGAAACUGCUACCAAAACUCCUAUCGGAAACUUUGGAAGCGCAGCACAAAAAACCUCUACAGAAAGUGAUCAAAGUGCCAACAAGCCUGCCUUUUCCUUCAAUUCCGGCGAGACUGCAGGUAAGCCUGCAUUUUCUUUUGGAACCGGCAAAACCCUUAGCACAACAGAAAAGAAGGAUGAAGCUUUGCCUUCUUUAAAAUUUGGGGUUUCACUGGGUAGUUCAGGUUUGAACGAAGGUUCUGGAACGUCGGGUUCUAAUGCGGAGGCGAAAGCCGACAGUAAGCCAGUUUUCAGCUUUGGCCAAUCCAUUUCUAGCGCCACUGUUGGUGAUAAACCGGAAAGCAGUAAAGAGCAGGUUGAAUCGCAGCCGAAAGAUGCCAAUCAAACCACUUUCUCUAUGGGGACGAGCAAGAGUGAUAACAAAACCAACAACGGGAUAGGGUCUCUUUUCUCGAGUACAGCACAAAAGGAUGCGCCUAAGAACCCCCAACCUCUUGGGUUCGUUGCCGAAAAGAAAGAACCUUUCGCGUUUGGCAAGACUGAUGAGAAAAGUGUGCCCAGUGAAAACGCGGACAAGAAGGAAGUCACGACUACUUCGAAAGCCGGUGGUCUGUUUUCAGCCGCGGCCGAGUCGUCGAAACCUCCAGCUGGCUUUAGCUUCGGAACCAAAGCCACAACUAGUACCAAUCCAGGAUCUAGCGCUGGCGCAAAGGCCCCAAUAUUAUUUGGAGGACUUACGGACAACAAGACAGAAAAAUCUACCAGCAGCGGUUUCUCGUUAGGCAAAAAGCACUCUGUAGAUGAGGCAGAAAACGCCCCUUCCAAAACAGCACCCGCUGCAAGUGAGCAGAAACCUUCUUUGGGAGGAUUCUCAUUGGAGGGAGAUGAAAAGAAACCAGUUGCGACCAAACCUGCCUUUAGCUUCGGCGCGAAGAAGGACAAAGAAAGUUCUAGCACUGGAUCCGCCGAUCAAGACAAAGGCGUUAAUACAGCCGCUUCCAAGCCUACGGGCGUUUCAUUUGGAAAUAAAGAAAAUGAGAAAGGUUUGCCAGAUAGCGCCACCGCUCCAUCUUCUGUGGGAAGCCAAAAUACACAAAAAACGGUAGAUCUUCAACCCGUCUCUUUAGACAAUAAGACAUUGGACGAUCUCGUAACUAAAUGGACUACACAAUUAGGCGGUUCAGCUGAAAAUUUUGGUGAGUACUCUAGGAAAGUGAAAGAGUGGGAUCAAGUUCUGAUGCUUGGGGGCGAACAUAUUGGGCAGUUGUAUUCUGAAAUGGUAAUUGCAGAGCAGACACAAAGUCGUGUUGAUCAAUCUCUACAUUACAUUGAGCGUCAGCAGAGUGAAUUAGAAACUUUCCUCGAUAACUACGAAAAAAAAGCGGACUCGCUUCUUUCGGGGGUCUUCUCUUCUACUUCCGGAUCAUCUGCUAACAUCAACGACCAAAAAAGACAACAAGUCUACCAGACUGCACAAGCACUGGACGAUAAUCUCACAUCUUUGUCCGCUAACUUGUCAUCUUUAAUCACAGAGAUCAACGGAGUAAGUGAUACUUUCAACAGAGCGACCAAUAUGAGCGUAACAAACGAAGACGAGAAUACUCAGCUGAUAAAGCUAUUAAAUACCCACCUUGAUGCAUUGAAGUCUCUGGACAAUAGUUCCGAGUCCUUGGAAAGUAAACUUAGAUCUCUUUAG